AAUAAGUUUGUUGCUUACUAAUUGAAAUAUUACCUGGUAACACGAUACCCAAGACAUCGUCGCGUAAAAUAUAUUCACGAUCAUAAAUCUAAAUACAUUUAAGCCUCACGCUAGUAAACGUCUUAAAAGCGUACAUAAUUUUAUUAAAAUUAAGUUCGGGUAAUAUAAUUGUGAAUGAGCUGGGCCAGUUUGGGCGAUUCCAGCUCAAAUAUAUCUGCCUCAUUGCAUUGCCUCUGAUGGCAGCUGCCUUCUUCAGUGACUAUGUCUUCACAGCAGCCGCACUACCACACAGAUGUCGUAUACCUGAAUGCGGCGAGAGGAACAAGAGUGUGGUGUUCCAUCCAGAAUGGAUAACAAACGCGGUACCAGUCAGAGAAGAGGACUCUAAGCUUGCAAGUUGCGAGAGAUACGUGUCUGCCUAUCCUGGAUAUAACAGUUCCAUGCUAAAUUGCCCUAUAGAAAUGUUCGAUCAUUCACGUACUCAAAAAUGUGACGGAUUUGUGUAUGAAGGAGACAAUUCUGUUGUGUACGAUUUCGAUUUGGGGUGUGAAGAAUGGCUGAGAUCGCUCUCAGGAACGCUUAGCAGUCUCGGAACACUCCUUGUGCUACCAUUGAUUGGCUUCAUUUCUGAUCAUUUCGGCCGACGUAUGGCUUUACUUUUCAGCGUCUUAAACACGGCUCUUUUUGGCAUCGCCAAAGCCUUCUCGGUAAAUUAUACAAUGUUUCUAAUUCUACAACUUCUGGAGACUACACUCGGUGCUGGUUUAGCGAGUUCCGCAUAUAUAUUCGCUGCCGAGCUAGUGGGUCCCAAGUACCGCGUAGUUACCUCUGCCACGUUGUCAUCAGCAUUUGCCCUCGGUGAGGUACUGCUGGGAGCAAUUGCCUGGCUUGUACGCCCCUGGAGGACCCUCAUCCUCACCCUUUACAUUCCCGUUUUUCUUCUUUUGUCAUAUAACUGGAUUCUUUUCGAAAGCGUGCGCUGGUUAUUAGCUAAGCAGAAGUUUGAUGAAGCUAGAAAUGUGCUAGAAAAUGUAGCAAAGACUAACAAUGCUGAAAUAAGUGCUAACUCCCUGGAUGCUUUAUUGAAUCCUCCCACAAUUAUCAAAAACAGCCGACAACGAAGCCUCGUGAAAUGUAUCUUUCGUUCCCGUGUUCUAUUAAGAAGAGUGUGCACGACUCCAAUAUGGUGGAUGACCACAACCUUCAUAUACUACGGAUUAUCGAUUAACUCGACGAGUCUAUCCAGCACAAUAUAUCUAAAUUAUAUCCUUACUGUGGCUAUCGAAAUACCGGGAUUCUAUAGUUCAGUGUUAACCUUGGAUAGAUUUGGUAGAAGGAAAACUCUGUGCUGUGGCUUCUUUUUCAGUGCAGCGUGCAAUUCAGCUUUUAUUUUUAUACCAUUAGAGCUAUCUAUUCUUCGACUCGUUAUAUACUUAGCGGGGAAAUUUAGUAUAUCGCUAGUACUAGCUUCACUUUACCUGUACACGUCAGAGCUCUACCCUACCGAGUUUAGACACAGUUUACUAGGGUUUUCAUCAAUGGUUGGCAGAAUUGGAUCUGUUUGUGCCCCGCUUACUCCACUGCUAACUGCCUAUUGGCAUGGUCUGCCGCACACGAUAUUUGCCAUAUUUGGAGCGUUAUCUGGUCUUCUAGUCCUAACGCAGCCAGAAACAUUCUCAAAGAAACUACCCGAUACUUUGGAGGAAGCUGAAGCGAUUUAAUGGAUUAACCCAGUUCAAGGAAUAAUUAAUAUCAUUUUAUAAUUACGUAUAAGUUAUAGCUGUUACAUAUUAUUUAAUAUGAUAAAAUAAAAAGUUGUGAAAACAUUAUAGUGAAUUCUGGUGUUUUAAUCAUUCUAAAAUUAUCACACAAAGGUCAAAACAAUCAGCAAGACAAUUUAAAAAAAAUAUCUAGAUCUGGAUUUAAUCAAUAUUUUUCCAUCGUAUCUUGAGUAUUAAUUUGAAUUAAUCGCAAUCAUUUUCCGCUCGCCGAUACAACCGCAGUACCACCGUACUCAGUGUGGGACGGAAAGAGUCAGAGAUCGGGCGGAGUCGAUUUAAAAUUUAAAAAAAAUGGAGGACGCAAGAGACGAAAUAAAAACUGGUGAAAUAAAGAGAAUAGAUUUAGAUGA